AUGAAAACAGUCUUCAUAUCGGCUCGUCAAACGGUGUGCGACAAAAGUCUCCCAGAGAGCAACAAAAGUCUCCCAGAGAGCAACAAAAGUCUACCAGAGAGCGACAAAAGUCUCCCAGAGAGCGACAAAAGCCUCCCAGAGAGCAACAAAAGCCUCCCAGAGAGCAACAAAAGUCUCCCAGAGUGCAACAAAAGUCUCCCAGAGAGCAACAAAAGCCUCCCAGAGAGCAACAAAAGUCUCCCAGAGAGCAACAAAAGUCUCCCAGAGAGCAACAAAAGUCUCCCAGAGAGCAACAAAAGUCUCCCAGAGAGCAACAAAAGUCUCCCAGAGAGCAACAAAAGUCUCCCAGAGAGCAACAAAAGUCUCCCAGAGAGCAACAAAAGUCUCCCAGAGAGCAACAAAAGUCUCCCAGAGAGCAACAAAAGCUUCCCAGAGAGCAACAAAAGUCUCCCAGAGAGCAACAAAAGCCUCCCAGAGAGCAACAAAAGUCUCCCAGAGAGCAACAAAAGCCUCCCAGAGAGCAACAAAAGUCUCCCAGAGAGCAACAAAAGUCUCCCAGAGAGCAACAAAAGUCUCCCAGAGAGCAACAAAAGUCUCCCAGAGAGCAACAAAAGCUUCCCAGAGAGCAACAAAAGUCUCCCAGAGAGCAACAAAAGUCUCCCAGAGAGCAACAAAAGCCUCCCAGAGAGCAACAAAAGCUUCCCAGAGAGCAACAAAAGUCUCCCAGAGAGCAACAAAAGCCUCCCAGAGAGCAACAAAAAGUCACUUAGUCUACAGUUUACACAUUGA